AUGCGGUCCUACGCCGCUCUCUGGUUCUCGCCCUUCCUCUGCUACCCUUCUCGGGCCAUACGCUCAUGCCUGUGCGACCCUCCUCCCCUCCCCUCCCCUUCCCCUCCCUCACCUUCCCUCCCCUCCUCUUCCCUGCCCUCCUUCGUCUUCCCCGUCUUCCCCGUCUUCCCCUCUUCUCCCCCGUUCCUCUUCUCCCCCGUUCCUCUUCUCCCCCUUCCUCCCACUUCCCCCAGUGCCCGUGCUGCUGCAGCUGCAGAACAUGCUCGAGCUCGUGCAGUACAAGUGGGCGGGCUGUUGAGACUGCCCGUGCCUCUGCAGCUGCAGAACACGCUCGAGCUCGUGCAAUACAACUGGGCGGGCGGGCUUUCGAGACGUCUAAAACGUUCCCUCUAUUCCCUCCCCUUCCUCCCACUUCCCCCAGUGCCCGUGCUGUUGCAGCUGCAGAACACGCUCGAGCUCGUGCAAUACAACUGGGCGGGCGCGGGGGACUGCGCGCUCGCCGCGGAACUCGGGGAGGCGGAAACCAGGGGAGAAGCGCGGGGAGAACCGGGGGUAGAGGCCGCGGCAGCAGCGGCGGCGGUGGGUGGGGCGGCGGAGCUGUUGUUCCCCCUGCGGGGGAAGGCUGCGGGGGGAGUGGGGCGCGCGGGGUGGGCGGGGGUGGCGUGUGACUCUCAGGGGAACCCCGUCCGCAUGGAGUUCCCCCGACAGGGCCUCACAGGCCAUCUGCCUCUUGACGUCUCCAGGCUCACCUCGCUCACCAAGAUGCUCACCUCGCUCACCAACAUUGACCUGCAGCGAAACCUCAUUAUAGAGCGACUCGACGUCUUCAUCAAGCCUCUCGAAGGACUAACCAACUUACAGCACUUGGACCUCUCGUCCAAUUUCCUCUUUGGCAGCAUCCAGCCGUCCAUCACCGCCGCCUUUCCACGCCUCACAGCACUACUGCUAUCAAGCAACCGCCUCACGGGCCGAGUUCCAUCACGCCUCCCGCCUCUCCUCUCCACCCUCUCCCUCUCCUCCAACUACCUCUCGGGCUCCCUCCCCCGCACCUCCCUCCUCUGCUCCCCCGCCUCCUUCUCCCUCAACUGCUUCUCCAAACAAGACCUUUAUUCCUGCUUCGUCUCCCGAACCAGCCAGCCAGGCUCGGCCGGGCCUCGCUUAGGCUCCGCUGUGCCGGACCUGGCGUCUCUUGUGGAGCAGCAGCGGCCGGAGCAGCAGUGCGGGGAGGCGCUGUGCGGGGGAAUAAGCGAAGGGGAGUAUUGUGAGGGGAAGGGAGUGUGCCGCCCAAUGAUCCUCAGUCCGGCACUCAAGUAUGGCGAUGUGCUGCCGUGGAUGUGUGCAUGCCACGACGGGGAAGUGGGUCGAUGCGGGAUGCUCAAGAUGCUAUUCGAGCUCUCAACGGCAAGCAAGGCUGGCGUGUUGAGCUUUCACGUGCCUCUGGCGGAGGAGGAGGUGGUCCAGUUCCUGUGCGAAGGGGAGGUGACGACAUGCGCUGCUACGAGUGCGGCGAACCCGGUCAUUUCGCCCGCGAGUGUCGCAUGCGUCUCGGAGGAGGCGGAGGCGGAGGUGGAGCGCGCGGUCGCAGCCCUCCGCGCUAUCGCCGAAGCCCGGAUUACGGUCGCGAGAGGGAUGAUUCCCCUCGGCGCAGGAGCCCCUCUCCCCGCCGCCGGAGCCCGUCCCCCGGUCGUCGCCGGAGCCCCUCCCCCGCCCGCCGCCGGAGCCCUUCCCCGGACAGGCGCCGCGGAAGCCGAUCUCCCCCGCGCGUCCGCAGCCCGGCUCCCGGGUCCCCGCGUCGUGACGAGUGAGUGCUCGCGUGCUUCAUCCGCCCCGUUUUACCCUCUAUUGCGGCCACCAUUACGCCCCCCCCGUUCUCCUUUUGCCGCCUUCCCUCCUGUCUUCCUCUCUUUUCUCUUCCCUAUUCUCCCUUUCUUCCCCAAAUCCUUCCUGUUUCUCGCCGUCAACCCUCCUGCGCAAACCUCUCUUCCCUCACCCUCCCACUCCCCCUCGUGCUCUCCAUAUGUACCUGCCACCUGGAUCUGA